GCUGAAACAUAAAAGGGGCUGGGGGCCCCUUGCAGCAACCCAGCUGCCAUAGAGAGAGGAUGGCCAGCAGGAAGGCAGGGACCCGGAGCAAGGCCGCGGCCACCAAGCAGGCCCAGCGAGGCUCUUCCAAUGUGUUCUCCAUGUUCGAGCAAGCCCAGAUCCAGGAGUUCAAGGAAGCCUUCAGCUGCAUCGACCAGAACCGGGAUGGCAUUAUCUGCAAGUCAGACCUUCGGGAGACCUACUCCCAGCUCGGGAAGGUGAGCGUCCCAGAAGAGGAGCUGGACGCCAUGCUGCAGGAGGGAAAGGGUCCCAUCAACUUCACCGUCUUCCUCACACUCUUCGGGGAGAAGCUGAAUGGGACAGACCCUGAGGAAGCCAUCCUGAGCGCCUUCCGCAUGUUCGACCCCAGCGGCAAAGGUGUGGUGAACAAGGAUGAGUUCAAGCAGCUUCUCCUGACCCAGGCAGACAAGUUCUCUCUGGCCGAGGUGGAGCAGAUGUUCGCCCUGACGCCCAUGGACCUGGCAGGGGACAUCGACUACAAGUCUCUGUGCUACAUCAUCACCCACGGGGACGAGAAGGAGGAGUGAGCUUUGGCGCGGCUGCGACCCGGGGCCAGCCUGUGCCGACACAGCAAUAAAUGUUUCCAAAUCACACCUG